CAACGAUCAUUAAUCUUUUAACUCGUUAGUAUUAGGUAAUAAUUAAUAAUAAUACAAGAUUUGAUAAUUUUCGUCUUACGUAAGGAGCAUCGAAGAUAAGAUAGUUCUUCUUCUUCUCCUUCUUCUUAUCCAAUCAGAUCAAUUCAAUUACUUGAUCGUAUCUUUCUUUUCUCGCCAAGCCACUUACGAAGUUACUCGUUUGCUUGCAAAGACAAUGAACCGACGUGAAAUUUCCUUCUUCUUCGAGAAACACACACACAGAGAGAGAGAGAGAGAGAGAGAGAGAGAGAGAGAGAGAGAGGGAGAGAGCGAGAGAGAGGGAGAGAGAGAAAGAAAGAGAGAGACUGCAAUGUGCAAUGGCAUUUGCCGGUGGCUCCUUUCACGCAAAACGCUCGCGUUCCAGUCUUGUAUCUUUCUUCGAAGACGUAUCAGGAUCGACAUGGUGAACAAUGGAAAACAACGAUAGGAUGUUAUACGUGAGCUCGUAGAAGACAUAGAGAAAGACAAAGAUAUAAAUAAAAAAGGUGUCCAUGGAGGAGGUUUGAGUGAACAUACUAAGUUCAUCCUCAUCACUUUCACUUUAACUCGUUGUAUCGUCGGCGGAUACUUGUAGAUAGUCUAUACGUUCAACCGGUGAUCUUAUCCGUAUUAUUCAAUAAUACUCAUCUCUCGGAAAUCUCGCGACUCGAUCGUGUUUUUCGGAAUGGAAGUCCGAGUCGAAUCGUGGAUCCUCGGAAUCGUUCUACAUUGCACCGCAUUCAUCGUUCUUGUACAUCCUGAAGAAGUCUUCAAUACGACACCUCCGCCAUUGAGAACAAAUUUCUCAUGUUUCGGUAGAGCAAUGGGAUUCUAUGCGGACAUUGAGGCAGACUGCAAGGUCUAUCAUACGUGCGACGAUCAUGGCAACAAGUUCAGCUAUCGUUGCCCGGAAGAAACAGCCUUCCGACAGGAUGCCUUGAUUUGUGAUCACGCGAGACUCGUCGAUUGUCAUGCUACUACUUACGACGAUAAAAAGUCGCUUCGCGGAAGUAGAAGCGAAGAGGAGAGCUUAGGCUUGAGCGUACCUUCGUUCUUCAAUGUUCCACCGCCGUUGGAUAAUUCGAACGAUCAUCGUUCCUUUUCUAGAUCCUUCCAGGUGAUCCAACCUCCCGAUAAAUCACUGACCGAUAAGGCACAACCCGGCUUUGUUUUCAGUGCCAGUGUUUUCUUGAGAAAUCAGAAAGAUCACGAUUCCCAUAGGAAAUCAAUGAACUCUCAGGAGACUGAAUCUAUUUUAGAUUCAUCUCGAUGCAAUCGCAAUGAAGAGCACAAAACGACAGGGUCCAAUUUGAAAAAUCAGGUCUCACACUUUUCUUCGACUCCUCGCCCAUUUUCUCAUGGUCCUUAUCCCAAAGAAGACUCCUCUUUGUCCAAUCGAUUUUCCAGUUUCACGAGGUCAGAUUUAGGAACGAAGAAUUUACAUGGUCGAACGUUUGUCAAUGUGCCAAUGAUUUCCAGAAAAACUCAGCCACCUCGAAAGGAUCUUUUCCAUACCACUACUACUACUACUACUACCAACGUUUUCUCUUUAAGCACGAAAUUACCAACGAACGAUAUUACUAGGGUCAACUCAAACACUUACAACAAUAGAGAUUAUCCUUAUUUUGAAACGCUCAGAUCGAUCCAGGCCAAUGCUAUGAGCACGACUACGCCAAGAACAACGAUAGCCACCACAGAAAUUCCUGUUCAUGCUCUUACUAUGUCUUUGAAGCCUUUAGUACCCAACGAAUUGGAAUACGAUCCCUAUUAUCCAAGGACACCUGCGUCUACAGAAGCUUAUUACACCGAUAGUCACCUCAGCAAAGAUUCCGAAUCCUUUCGGUUUACGACGCAACCACCUUGGUCGGGUAUCCACUUUGAAAUACCAGCUGUUUUACCUGAUCUUAACACCUUAGAGGAUCUCGUAGAUCGUCGAAAAUUAUUCUAUAUUCCCCGUGUUACCAGACAUUGAUUUUAAAUGUACGUUUUGCAUUCUAAAAAUUAAAUUGUAGAAAAGAGAGAAA